CAGGAUUUGUGACAUGACAAUUUUUGGGUGUAUCUUAUGUAUUUUGACACCCUUAAAUCAAAUCUGAAAACAGAAUUUUUCUAUCACCCACAGAUAUUCGGUAACAUCUACUUUUAUGAAUUACAAUACGUAAUAUCUCAUAUAGCUGAAUUUCUCGGCGUUUAUGCGAUGACGCACAUAUAUAAUGUUAAGACCUGUCUAUUCCUGUUUAUUAUAUGCGAGCUCUAUAUUUAGAGAGCAUAUUGGCAGCCGAGUCAGUUACGUUUUCUGUGUUGACGAGUA